ACAACAAACAUGGCGUCGCCGGAGCGGUAUCAGGAACGCGAAUCACUGAAAAAGGAUAUCAGCCAAGAUGAUGGGGGCAAAAAAGCAGCUCCGAUAUCUUUCGGUUUUAGUAAAACACUGAUCAAGGUCAAAUCCGGGAAAGCGGAGGAGCGAGAUUAUUUAGUUGAAGUCGAAGGAAAAGAGCUAAAAGGAACCAAACCGGUGGAGAAACCAAAGGAGUUGAUCAUCCCAUUGAUCCACAAGAACCGCUGGUACCGACAGGAUGCUGAGCGAGGGGACAAAACCAGCGAAGAGAAGACCGAAGACCCGUCACAGGGGAAGCAGGACACGGUCGAGUCUCAAGCUGUCAAAGAACUCAUCGAAGAGUCUCAGAAGUACCAGGACAGAUGGAAGAAUGGACCGCAGUCGGAUCCGAACUUUGCUAUUCCUCUUCUCAUGCAGAACCAGGUCCCUGAUGGCUUGGAGGAUGGAGAUAAAGUCAAUGUGGAUCUGCGACCAGAGUCGUCCACAGAGGCCGACUAUGAGCGUGUGCCUGUGGAGGCUUAUGGAUUGGCCAUGCUGAAGGGAAUGGGCUGGAAGCAAGAAGAAGGAAUCGGACGCACAUUUAAACAAGAUGUGAAGCCCAUAGAGCAUCAGUUGAGGCCUAAAGGGUUGGGUUUGGGUGCUGAUCGAUCUGCCAUUAAAGACCUGGAGCCCGGAGUCCCCAAGAGACCACCUAAACCUGGAGAUGAGAAGGGUAAAGAGGAGGAGACUCUGGUUCUGGGGCCUGGAGGAUGUGUGCAGGUCCUGGCAGGAGCACAUAAAGACCUGUACGGAAAGAUAGAGGGAGUGGAUCCAGAUAACGGCAGAGUUGUAGUCAAACUCGCCAUUGGCGGCAAGACGGUGACCAUCAUUCAGCACUCCAUCAAACUAGUCACACGCAAAGAAUACGACAAAUACAGCAAAGACCUCAGUCGUCUUAGUAAAGCACACAAGGACAAAGGAAAGAGAAAAGAGCGGGAACAGAAGAGGGAACAAGAGCAGAAGUCAAACGGCAAAGAUGAGAGAGGAAAGACAGAUAGAAGUCGAGAGAAAGACAGAGACCAGAAGAAAAGAAAACACAGAGAAUCAAGCACAGAACGAGAGAAGCCUCCGCCAGCUAAGGAGUCUCGCUCUUCUCCACCGGCUCCAUCAUGGCUCCAGCGGGACCUCCGUGUGCGCUUCAUUGAUAAAGCUUUCAAAGGAGGAAAAUACUACAACUCUAAGAUGAGAGUGGAGGACGUCUUGACCCCUCACACCUGCGUUUGCCGUACAGAAGAGGGCAGACUGCUGGACGAUAUUAGACAGAAAAUGCUGGAGACGAUUGUACCCAAGAACGACUCUGACUAUAUAAUGGUGGUUCUGGGAGAACACAGAGGACAGGUGGGUCGCAUCCUGAAAGCGGGACAGAGAGAAGUGUCGAGCGAUGGUUCAGCUGGAUCGAUACGAGGAACGGGUUUCACUCUCGACUACGCACCAUCUGUCAUUAUGUGGGCGGGACGGAUCACUGAGCACCCAAUUGGAUGAUG